UUGCGACUCCCGUGGUUCAGUGGAGAGCGACAUUUCCGAGGUAAACAAGGUUCAGGGAGUGCAGGCUCUUGCCAUCGGUGCGGUGAGUGUCGGCCGUUUCUUACAGUCUUUUUACAAAAACAGAAAAUGACAAGGCAUGGAAAAAACUGCACAGCUGGGGCUGUCUACACCUACUAUGAGAAAAAGAAAGAUACAGCUGCCUCUGGAUACGGCACGCAGACAGUUCGUCUCAGCAAAGAUGCCGUGAAAGAUUUUGACUGUUGUUGCUUGUCCCUACAGCCGUGUAAAGACCCUGUAGUGACGUCAGAUGGAUACAUUUAUGAGAAGGAAGCCAUUUUGGAGUAUAUCUUACACCAUAAAAGGGAGAUUGCUCGUCAGAUGAAGGCCUAUGAGAAACAGAAGAACGAGAAAAAAACAGAAAUGGAGGAAUUAAACAAAGCUGCCAAAGAAUCUAAAAUGAAAGGAUUCCUUGAAAAAGAAAUGUCAAUCAUCAGUAAACCACUUAAUCCUUUUACAAGCAAGGCAGCAGAGAGCAGCCGGACAGCAGCAGAGGCGGGCAGCAGCAGUGAGGAUAAGUCUAAGCAACUUCCUAGCUUUUGGAUCCCGUCACUGACACCAGAAGCAAAAACUACACUUGUGAAGAAGCCGGACAAGACUGUGUACUGCCCCAUGAGCGGGAAGCCCCUGAAGAUGAAAGACUUGGUCUCUGUGAAGUUUACUCCAGUAGAUGACAAGGUGGAUCGCGUUGGUCUCAUAAAUCGGCAAGACAGAUACGUGUGUGCCGUCACUCGAGAUAUGCUGGGCAACUCCGUACCUUGCGCAGUUCUGCGGCCCUCAGGAGCAGUGGUCACCCUGGAAUGUGUUGAAAAACUCAUCAAAAAAGACAUGACUGAUCCAAUCAGUGGGGAUAAGCUGAUGGAGAAGGACAUCAUCGUGGUGCAGAGGGGAGGGACAGGAUUCUCUGGAUCUGGAGUUCAACUGGAAGCUAAAGAAGCUCGGCCAGUGAUGCAGGCGUGAAGCGUAUACAGUGUCAUCUGCUUGUCUGCAGUCAAGAAUCCCUCUGUGUCCUCCCAGCUCAUUUCUCCUCUUUCCAAUUAAGACUUAGGCCUAUUGCACACGACCGUAUGGCUUUUUCAGUUUUUUGCGGAACGGAACAGCUGGCCCCUGAUAGAACAGUACUAUCCUUGUCCGUU